AUGCUGACUGCUACAACUGGCUUAUUGAAAGACAUCGCUAAUCUGCAGGAACAAAAUCGUAUUCAAUAUAUCCCGACGUCGGACAUGCAGAGAAGUAUCAACACUCUGGUCAGAGAUGGUCAUCAUUUCUUGAUUUUAGAAGAUCUUCUCGUGACAGCGGUGAUGGCUCGAGACUUUUCUCUUGAAGGUUUCCUCUACAUUUCGAGUCGUGAUACAGUAACACUACUGAGCGGUGGUGUUGAAGCUGUGUUGGCAACAGUGUCUCAGCCUCACUGCUCGGUCAUGUUCUUCACGGACGGCGCCUCAACCCUCAGCACUGUGGCUAAGGAAUCAGACCUGAGGCCAGGAUCUGCAUCCAGAGAACGAUACGCCCCAGGCUUUAUUCCCAGGGUUUCCAGUCAAUGCAAGGUGUUCAGGGAAGAGCAUGAUGCACAAGGUUAUCAAUGGGCUCCUUUGAGUGUGUCGGUGUGGGAGGUGGCAGCGGGCGGGGAGGACCCUAACGUGACGCUGACGCAGCUCUCCCACGUGGUCCACAAGGCUCGGCGGGUGCGGCAGGUGUCGUGGUGCGUGACGGUGGUGGUGGUGAGCGACGACCUCGCCGCCUUCGCCCAGUGGUCCCUCAAGGGCCGCUUGGUGGGUCCAGCGACCAGGCUCCUCGCUGUCACCAACGCUUCCUUGGUCAAUAAUGCUGACCUCAGCAGGACCUACUCCAUGAUGAAUGCUGUGAUGCUUGUCACAGAAUAUUACCAGAAAGAGUUACGGUGCGGUGUGUACCUACACGUUCCAUACAGCCCCAGGGGUGCUCAGGCACUGAAGGUGGCCUUCUGGACGCCCCACCAAGGCCUCGCUCUCACCUCCAGACUCCCGCUCUUCCCUGACAAGUUCUCCAGGUUCUCCUAUGGGUUAAAUCUAGUUGUUGCAUCAGAACCAUAUCCAGCUCACCAAGCUGUGAUGGUCGACGAUCCCAAGGCACCAGGAGGGAAGAGACUCACUUAUUCCAGUCCCAUUGCAACCAUGCUCCAGUACCUUGCUGAAGGAUCAAAUUUUACGUACACGUUCGUGAGAUCUCCUGAUAGGCAAUGGGGCACCUUAGUGAAGAACGGGUCCUGGAUCGGCAUGAUGGGAAUGGUGAGCAGAGCGGAGGUGGACAUUGGCCUUGGACUCUUCGGCAUCAGUGAAAAGAGUGCCGAAGUAGUGGACUUCACGUGGCCAGUAUUAGUAGCGUAUGGGAGGAUCCUGGGAGGUCGAGGUCGGCCGGUGGUGGACCCGUGGGGCUUUGUGUUCCCCUUGACGCCGCUGGUGUGGGCGGCCAUCCUGGCGACGCUGCUAGUGCUGCCCCUGACGACGUUCCUCCUCUCUUCUUGCGUGUCAAUUAGGACUCCUUUCGACUGCUUGGACGAUAUAUUCAACUUCCUCAAAUUAAUCCUACAACAAGGUAGUGUAUAG